AUGUGGCCCCCCCUGGGGCCCGGGAGCUGGGGGGGGGGGGGACGCUGGCGGGGGCUCCACCUGCUCCUUUGCUUCCUGCUGCUGAAGAGCCACCUGGGGGGCUGCAGAGACCUCAGUGGCCACGAUGGUCAGGGCCAAGUGGGAGUGGGGCAGCUCUGGCCCUUCCAAGGAUUUCCCACCCCAGUCUCCCAAUACUUGCAAGUUGUACUUCAGCAGAUUAUGCCCCAAGGUUUGUUCCGGAAGGGUGACAUCACCCAGGAGGUGAUGACCCAGAAGAUGGGACACAUCAGCCGACUCCAUCCCCAAGAUGUCUGUCUGAGGGAUGGGCAGACAUCCUUUCCCACCAAAACCUCUGGGAGCCCAAUGGUCCAGGUGACCAGGGUUCAGUGCUUUACCUCCAAAAUGGUUUCGAAGGCCUUGCAACAACAGGUGGCCAACCCUGUCAAGACCACCUGUGGGUAUCUGUCUGAGUUUGGGAGGCAGGUGCUGGGAGCCUCCAAGAAUGAAAUGGUCUGUAGGAUCAAGUGGCUUCUCUGA